CACUUUGACUUCAGCUUGAAAAGGCUUUACUGACAGAUCAACGGAAGUGAAAUUGGUCCAUGUCAAGCCAUCAUUGCAAGACUAUGGCAUCGAAGAGUCGAAUCAGCUCCCACCCCCCACCCCUCGAUUCGACACUUUUGUGUGGUUCCGCGUACUAAUUUGUGUGGUUUCAUGUGCUGGAGCAUUGACGGAUCCUGGAAUUUCCUGAGCCACUGAGAGUCGGUAUCUGUUGGGACAACUAUCAGAUGGCAUAUAUAAUGAAGAUAGAUAAUGAGAAAUUGGAUUUGAAUACUAAAAAGCAAAUGUCAAGCUCAAGAGUCGAAGGACCAAAUACAAACAAAGGUAAGCAAAGGUCGAGCUCAAGAGUGAGAGGACCAAACUAUCAAGAAAAAAGAGUCGGAGGACCAAAAAUAUAAUUACGUAGAAAGUAAGGGGCUGAUAUGAAAUACAGAAAAACUGUGGUUCCCUCCUCGAGGAGAAAAACCCUAGACGAGACACGAAGCAGAUGGACCAAUUAGGGUUUCCGGCGAUGAAGCCGGCUAUAAAAUCAAGGCGAAUGAACCAGAAAAUGACAGUUUGAGCUGAGCUCAAUCGGACCGCCCUCUCCUCUUCUCCCGUGAGCUCGAGAAUUUGAGGUUGGAGUGAGACCCUGUUGGGAAGUGGUGGUAGGGUUGAUGAAAGACCUGUGUAGCUAGCUGUUUGAAGGAACUGUAUCGUUUCGGAUUCAGGAUUUCAGCUGAAGACAUGGAAGCUGGGGAACAGAAGGAUCAGAACACCACAGGUGAUGCAACUAAUUCCGAGCAGCAGCCUUUCUCGAAAAAUAAGCAAAAGAAGCUGCUUAAGCAACAGAGGUUUGAGGCAAAGAAAGCUGAGAAAAAGGCCCUAAUGAAAGAGCAGAAGAAGAAAGAAGGCGAGCGAAAGCGGAAGGAAUGGCAGGAUACCCUUGAGAGUCUACCGGAAGAGGAGCGCUCUAAGCUCAUUGAGGCCCGAAAAGGGCUCCGAAAGGAGAGGAUGGAGAAACGUUCUGAGGAGAAGGAAAAGAAAAUAGAGAGGCUUACCCGAGCUAAAGAGAAUGGGCAGAAGAUCGUUAUUGAUCUUGAGUUUUCUCACCUCAUGUCUUCAAAUGAGAUCAACAGCCUUAGUCAACAGAUUAUGUAUUGCUACGCGGUGAACGGAAGAUCUCCAACUCCAGCCCAUCUGUGGUUGACAGGGUGCAGUGGAGGCAUAGGGAGCCAAUUGCAGAUGUUGCCCGGGUUUGACAAGUGGAUAAUUGAAAAGGAAAACGGGUCUUACAUCGAGGCUUUUCAGGGGCAAAAGAGUAAUUUGGUGUACCUCACUGCAGACUCUGAAACUGUGCUCGACAUACUCGACUGCAGCAAAAUAUACAUAAUUGGCGGGUUAGUGGAUAGGAACCGGUGUAAAGGGAUUACGAUGAAGAAAGCACAGGAGCAAGAGAUUCAAACUGCGAAACUGCCGAUUGGGAAUUACUUGAAGAUGUCCAGUUCUCAGGUACUGACAGUGAAUCAAGUGAUAGAGAUCCUUCUCAAGUUCUUGGAGACAAGAGACUGGAAGGAGUCUUUCUUCCAAGUGAUACCUCUGAGGAAGCGGUGCGAAACAAGCUCAAAAGCAGAUGACGGAGUGGCCGAAGAGGGAGAUACUGACGAGAAAGAUGAACAAGAUAGUAAAAAGAGGUGUGUUGAAGUAGAUGCCGAACUCCCUGAGAAACUCGAUGUAUUGCCUAAGCUCACUACUGAUACUCAACCACUAUAGAGUACAGUUUCAUUUUGGCUUCCAUCUAUGUUGGAACUGGAACAAAAUUGAAAUUAUGAAUUCAUUGGUCAUGGUGAUCAGAUGUUUCCGAA